UAGUUAUAGUACUUAUAUUAAUACCAUAUAUUGUAAUAAGGUUAUCAUCAAUCAUGUACAUAAUUGCACAUUUCUACAAAGAAGAUUCUGUCGAAGUAGUACCAAGUACAUGGUUCAAAAAUAACGAAAGUGCCUGGCCUAACAAAUCAUCAAAUAUAAAAAAAUUUGUAACUCGAAGAACUUUUCCCAACAAAUUUGAUUUUAAUUGGUUUCCUGCACGACAACUUGGUCGUAAAUUUGCUUCAUAUGAAGAAGCAAAAAGUAAACUAUCUACGGCUGAAUUUAAAUCCGAUUUUUCUACUGCAGAAGAUGAACGUUAUACUCGUCAAUUUAGAGCAAAUAAAAGAGCCAGUAAUAGCAGUUCACCUGAAAUGGCAAAAGAUUCAAGAAGUAAAGGGAUAAAGAGCCCACCAUCUGUGUUUUGUAUGACUUUAUAUUACCUAUAUAUUAAAUUAUGUAUUCGUGUGAUUUAAUU